AGGCAAGCCAAAGUCCGCAUACGGAUCUUUUAUCGACGGCCGCAUCGUCGAAAACUCAAGUGCCUAACAUGUUGGAUAUAGAAUCGCAGCUGGCCAAGAUGGAGGGUCUUAACGGUGUCACGGACGUCGUCGUCGGAACGGGAUCGGAUAGAUUAGAAUCGACGGGAGAUAACAGGUGCGCCGAAGAAGACGUGAAUGAGAAUCAUAAUAAAUGCCAUCACGAUAGAUCAGAUAAACUCAAGCAAUGCUGCGAACUGACUUGUGUUCUUCAAGACAACCUUAAGAAGGGAACUGGACUGUUAUCAACAUCAAAUGUGAAGCAGCAGACAGAUAAUGUAAUAAAGAGUAAAAAAGAUGAUGACGAUCUAGAACCAUUACCAGUGAGGAUGACACCUCCGCUAUACACGUACUCAAAUCCUGAAAAGAACACAAGGGUGGGAUCUGAGAGUCCCGCUGGUCUUUCGGACGAGGAUAGUAAUUCUUGCUCGACGAAUAGCAGCACGGUUCAUGGAAAGCAAAAUAAAAGUCUGCUGGAGCAGCUGCUCAUAGAAAUCCCAAACGAUCAGUCCGGUACGGGCGCGGGCGUCGGCGGCACGACGACAUCUCACUCCCCUGCCACUCGAUCGUCGAUGCGUACCCGUAAUGCCCUCAACAAGUUAGGCAGUCCGGCAGACGAACUGAACUCGCCUCCUAUAGGUCGGCCUGCGCGAUACCACGCCUCCGCUCAGCCAGCGCCAACCGCCAAGCGGAAACGCAACGAAUCGGAUGGCUCGGCGCACGGAGGAGGAGGGGCUAUGACCGCUGAGACUGAAGGCGGUAAGAAGAAGGUGGCGCGAAAGGCCGCCUUGCAGGCCAACGUUGGGGCGGCAGGGUCGGAACAUCAGGACCAUACGGGGGUCAAGACUAGGCAUCAUGACGGUGGCAGUGCGGCUGGGAAGGUGGCGAUGGCUGUUAAUAGUGUUAAGAAGACGUCGUCCACCGCUGCGUCAAAAACCCAUCAAGGCGAGAGCUCGGAUAGCGACGAGCCGCUGAUAGAGAAAGUUCGAAAGCCAUUGCAGAACAACAGCAGCACCGCAGCAGCAUUAGUUACCGCGAGCACUGCCACAGGCACGAUUAUCUCGGGCAAGCCGACGAAGACAAAGUCUACGUCGGCAGCGACUGUCGCGGCGAUGUCAUAUAACAACGCUGCGGGGGCGGCAGCGACGACGGGCGGCACGCAGAUGAACACCAGGCGGUCCAACCGGGCGGUGAAGACGCGGAGCAAGGAUGCCAGAUUGCAUGACAAAACGGAGGCAGCGAUCGUGGAUGCGGGGGCUAGCGCCGUGGGAACCACAGCGACAGCCGGCGCUGCAAACGCUGCAACCAUCAGAAGGAAGACCAGAAGCGCAGCGCAAAUGUUAGCCAAGGGGCAGGUUUCUAUGUGACGC